AUGGGUACCAGUGCAGAUUCCAAGCACCCCGAUACGGGAUCAUCAGCUAUAGAAGUGAACGCAGUUCAGCGACCCACCUCAAACACUGACAGAGCAACGGAGAAAGGCGGAUACAACCAGCAACAGAGCACCAUGGCAACAAUUGCAGACGAUGAUGAUCGACUACUCGUCCGCAUUGGUUACACUCCAGUGCUCCAAAGACACUUCUCAAGAUGGUCGACUGUCUCGUACGCAAUUUCGAUUCUCGGCGUGCUAGGCUCCGUUCCAGCUACGUUUGGAGCUCCCAUGAGCUCAGGAGGUCCGGCAACAGCGGUGUGGGCAUGGCUGAUUGGUAGUGUCAUGGCCUACUGCAUAGCAAGCUCAGUUGCCGAGCUGGUCUCUGCAUAUCCAACUGCUGGGGGUAUGUACUAUGUCACAAAGCAUGUCGUUCCGCCAGAGCAUGUCGCAUCCUGGGCCUGGAUCAUUGGUUGGUGCAACUUUCUCGGUCAAGCAGCGGGCGUUGCAAGUCUGGCGUACACGAUAUCACAGAUGAUAUUGGCAACCGUUGUCAUGCACACGCUCCACGAUGCGGAAGCUGCAUUCGAACCCAAAGCACAUCAGACGGUGCUAUUGGCUAUAUUCGUCCUCUGCAUGUUUGGCACCAUCUGCUCGUUUCCUACCAACUGGCUCCACCGCAUCAUUCUAUGGUUUGCUCCUAUCAACAUCAUUGCAUCAAUCUGCAUAUGCAUCGCCCUUCUCAUUCUCACACCGAACAAGCAAAGUGCACAAUGGGUAUUUACAACUGUAAUGGAUGGCUCCGGCUGGGGGAGCAAGGGGUUCUCGUUUCUCCUGGGAUUCCUUUCAGUGGCGUGGACCAUGACUGACUACGAUGGCACAACGCACAUGUCGGAAGAAACUCACGAUGCUGCUAUUCGUGGCCCUGUGGCGAUACGAGCGGCCAUCCUGGUCUCUGGCGUUACUGGCUGGAUGCUGACUGUCACUUUCUGCUUCUGCAUGUCAGACUACGAAUCCAUCAUGACCACACCAACCGGUCUCCCUGUUGCACAAAUCUUCUUCAAUGCAGGCGGACGAACUGGUGGAACAAUCAUGUGGUUCUUCGUCAUGCUUGUCCAGUUCUUCACAGGAUGCUCUGCCAUGCUGGCGAACGCGCGUAUGGCGUGGGCAUUUUCCCGUGACGGGGCCUUUCCCUUUUCCGAAUUCUGGAGCAAGGUCAACAAGUACACGCACACGCCUGUCAAUGCGGUCUGGCUAGUUGUAGCCUUUUGCAGCUGCCUCGACUUGAUCGGUAUCGGGAGUACGCUGACGAUUACGGCGAUUUUCAACAUCACCGCGCCAGCCUUGGAUAUAAGCUACAUUGCAGUCAUUGUUGCACACCGAUGGUACGAAGGCAGUGUUGUCUUCCAUCCAGGUCCCUACACCAUGGGACGAUGGAGUAAACCGGUCAACGCAAUUGCCGUCGCCUGGGUCAUCUUCAUCAGCAUCGUGCUCUUCUUCCCGACGGUGAAGCCGGUCAGGGCAGACAACAUGAACUAUGCCAUUUGUGUGGCCGCCUUUAUCGGUCUGUUCAGUACGGUGUGGUGGUUUGCAGGCGCAAGGAAAACGUACAUUGGACCACGUACAAAUGACACCAUUGACCUGCUCCCAGACGAGAACCCAGAAGAUGUCCUGGGCGACUACGACCAAGUCUAG